UCUCACUGCGACAAAACAUUUAAUUACCGUAGCAAUAUGAAAGUACACAUGAGAGCACACACUGGAGAAAAACCUUUUUCAUGUUCAACCUGCGGUAAAGAUUUUAAUCAAAUGGGCCAUUUGAAUACACACAUGAGAACACACACUGGAGAAAAAACGUUUUUGUGCUCAGAAUGUGGUAAAGGUUUUGUGUUAAAUCAAGUUUUAAAAGAACACAUGAGAACACACACUGGAGAAAAACCUUUUUCAUGUUCAAUCUGUGGUAAAGAUUUUACUCAUCGUCAAAGUUUGAAAAGCCACAUGAGAACACACACUGGAGAAAAACCUUUUAUAUGUUCAGUAUGUUGUAAAAGUUUUAUAAAAAGUCAGCAUUUGGAAGUACACAUGAGAACACACACUGGAGAGAAACCUUUUAGUUGUUCAGUAUGUAGUAAAAGUUUUAUUCAAGGACAGCAAUUGAAAGCACACACGAGAACACACUCUGGUGAAAAACCAUACACCUGUUCAAGCUGCAUCAAAAGCUUUCGUCACCUAAACACUCUUAAAGUACACAUGAGAACACACACAGGAGAGAAAGUGUUGAGUUGCAGUGUGUGUGGUGAAAGAUUCUCCUAUAAGUACCAGUGUAAGAAACACAAGUGUGCUGGUGAGAACAGCAGCAGCAAAUGAAGAUGCAGGAUUUGAAAUAAACUUUCUAACAACAUCAGCACAUAUAACAUGUGUGACAUCAUUGUUGUGUGUGUAACACAAUCUUGUUAAUAUGAUUCUAACAUUUAUAGAUUAGACACUUCAGAUUAGUGCU